AUGACCCAUCCAAUGAAUAAUUCUCAUGAAGAACAUCUCCCUCAUGGUGAGGAGAGGGAUGAGGAUGCAAUUUUCACAACAUUGGAGUGUGAUGAAAUUAUCACAGCCAACCAUAAAGAUAAAUAUCACACCAAUAGACUCUGUUGGAAUAGAGCAAUUAAUGCAUUUCCGAGAGUUAUUACCUACUGUAAAACUGUUGAACAUGUUCGUAAGUGCAUUGCUUUUGCAAGAGAGCAUGCAUUACCAAUCAGAAUUAGGUCUGGGGCUCACAGUUAUGAGGGAUUUUCAACGGGAGAUGAGGUCAUGAUCAUUGAUGUGAGUCGUAUGAAAAGUAUUGAACUCGAUAUGCAAAAGUUGGAGGCAAGAAUUGGUGCAGGUGUUCAAAAUAUUGAAAUAUUCACAGCACUCAAAGAUAAAGGACUGAUUGCUGUUGGUGGGGCAUGUCCAACUGUGGGUGUUUGUGGCUUUGUUAUGGGUGGUGGUUGGUCCUUCUCUUCAAGAUACUUUGGUCUUGGGUGUGACAGUGUUAUCGAGUUUGAAAUUGUUGACUAUGAAGGGAAUUUAUUAACAGUCAACUCUGAAUCCCAUCCAGAAUUGUUUUGGGCAUGUAGGGGAGCAGGUGCUGGAAAUUUUGGAAUUUGUGUCUCAAUGAAACUGAAAGUUUACAAUACAUUUGAUAGAGCAACACUGAUUACCUUAAAUUAUCCAAAUUGUUGCGAGAAGAAAAUUGUUUCGAAAAUUAAGGCAUGGCAAAACUUUUUCAAAACUUGUGAUUUGAGAUUUAAUGGGAAAAUUAAUAUUUAUAAUUGUUCAAAGGAUGGAAUUGGAUUUAACUUUCUGAUAGUGUUUUAUGGAGGUGCAGAUGAGGCCCACUCGUUGCUUCAACCAUUACUGAAUGAUUGCUGUCCAGAGUAUGAACCUUCGAUAACAGCAGUGAAAUAUCCAGAUUCAUCCAUUGAUUUAUCAAUGCAAGAGUCAUCAGUUUAUAAUACCUUAAAGACGAUAUGUGAUAUUCAUCCAGAUUAUGAGAGUUUUAAAUCAACAGGAGGAUUUAUGAGUAGAGAUUUAGAGACAGAAGAAAUUCAAAAUCUAAUUGAGAUUGUGAAAAGGAAAGCAACUGGGUGUACAUAUACAGCAUUUUCUAUUUAUGGUUUGGAAGGAAAUAUUCGAAAAGUUCCUCAUGAUUCGACAGCAUUCCCAUAUAGGCAAGCUCAACAAAUGAUUGGACUCCAAACACAAUGGGAGGAUGAGCAAUAUGCAAAGGAGAAUAAGGAAUGGCUUGUUGAUACAAUUUUUAAACAUAUUCUACCAAUAACUGAUGGAUUUUUUACAAACUUUCCCUUAAUUGAAUUGAAGGAUUAUAGAAAACAGUAUUAUGGAAGAGAAGAGUGGAGACAAGAGAAACUCUCAAAAGUUAAAUAUCAAUAUGAUCCAUUAAGAAUUUUCUCUCAUUCUCAAGGAGUGUAG